ACUGGGCAUGCGCAGAAUAAAGCACCCGGAUAACUUCGUCUUGCGCUCGGUUUCUUUCAAUAUUUCGAGUUUGUCUGCACAGCAUGGCUACUAGGCGCUUGUUUUCGACGUCGGCUCGUCUAAGGAAUCUCCGUGCUUCAGUUGAUGUGGCGGCGCCUCUGAAAUCCCAGACUACAGCUCAAAUUGAAACGACGGAACUCAAAGCUCUUCGUGAGAAGGCCAAAGGGCCUUGGAAGAAUCUGACCAACGAGGAGAAAAUUACACUAUACCGCGCCAGUUUUCCUCAGAGUUUCGCUGAAAUAAAGGCUCCAACAGGAGAGUGGAAGAAAGUUUUGGCUGGCACACUGAUAGGUGUAGCUACUGGCGUGGGCUUGUUUGCCUUUCUGAAAUCGACAGUUGGCCCUACACCGCCCCAUACUCUGACUGAGGAGUGGCAGAAAGCAUCAGAGGAGAAACUGAGACGUCAACUUGCCAACCCUAUCUCAGGAGUGAGCAGCAAAUCUUGAACACUCAAGUGCAGUAGGGACAGAAAAAUAGCCACUAUGUACUACUAGAUCAUUGACAUGCCCUUCUUGUAUGACUCGGCAGUUAUCUGUAUGUGUCAGUGUCGUGUAUGAUAUCAGAAAUAGAUGAUUGUUGUAUCUGAAAA